GCUGACUCUGUUCCAGGUUGCAGCUGAUCAGAAGCAUGUUCAGCAUUAACCCCCUGGAGAACCUGAAGCUCUACAUCAGCAGCCGGCCACCCUUGGUGGUUUUCAUGAUCAGUGUUAGCGCCAUGGCCAUCGCCUUCCUCACCCUGGGCUAUUUCUUUAAGAUCAAGGAGAUUAAGUCCCCAGAGAUGGCUGAGGACUGGAAUACUUUUCUGCUGCGCUUUAAUGAUUUGGACUUGUGUGUAUCAGAAAAUGAGACACUGAAGCAUCUCUCCAAUGACACCACCACCCCUGAGAGCACCAUGACCAUUGGGCAGGCCAGAUCGUCCACCCAGCCACCCCAGGCCCUGGAGGAAUCAGGCCCCAUCAAUAUCUCAGUGGCCAUUACCUUGACCCUGGACCCUCUCAAGCCCUUUGGAGGGUACUCUCGAAACGUCACACACCUGUACUCCACCAUCCUUGGACAUCAGAUUGGACUCUCAGGCAGGGAAGCAGAAGAAGAGAUCAACAUCACCUUCACCCUGCCUGCUGCCUGGAAUGCCGAUGACUGUGCCCUCCAUGGCCAUUGUGAGCAGGUGGUGUUUACAGCCUGCAUGACCCUCACAGCUGCCCCUGGAGUCUUCCCUGUCACUGUUCAGCCACCUCACUGUGUCCCUGACACAUACAGCAACGCUACACUCUGGUACAAGAUCUUCACAACUGCCAGAGAUGCCAACACAAAAUAUGCUCAAGACUACAAUCCUUUCUGGUGUUAUAAGGGAGCCAUUGGAAAAGUCUACCACGCUUUAAAUCCCAAACUCACCGUUAUUGUUCCAGAUGAUGACCGUUCAUUAAUCAACCUGCAUCUCAUGCACACCAGUUACUUUCUUUUUGUGAUGGUGAUAACAAUGUUUUGCUACGCAGUUAUCAAAGGCAGACCCAGCAAAUUGCGUCAGAGCAAUCCUGAAUUUUGUCCUGAGAAGGUGGCUUUGGCUGAUGCCUAAUCUCACAACUCUCCAUUUUCUGAGAGACCAAGAACCAUGAUCAUUGCCUGCUGAACUGGCCAGGGCCUGGCCACUCUGUGAAUAUACGAUCUUGCAAUGUUGGGUUAUUCCAGCCAAAGACAUUUCAAGUGCCUGUAACUGAUUUGUACAUAUUUAUAAACAUUGAUCUGGAAAUUGGUCCUGUGAUGUACGUGCUUUGCCCUGGAUGCAGCCUGACCCUAUCCCCCUCACUGGGGGCAAGGAGGGCACGGACAUGGGGGUCCUUCUGUGUAGUGCGGGGAUGUAGGGAUCUUGCCAGAACGUGGUCCAGUGCUAGUGGGGCUGAGGUUUUCUGUGGUUCUUGUUUCAGCCUGGUGUAUUCAGUGUUGGAAACGGUUUGUACUUUGUCAGGAUACUGCAUUUCAGAAGCCACCAUUCCCUCCUGUGGCUCUUACAUGUCCAUGGCUUUCAUGAUCAUAGUGACAGCAGUAAUACCUUUUCUGUUUGCUUGCAAGGAAACUUUUUUUUUUUUUUUUUAAAGAAAAAAUAGUCAUGUUUUACUAUUCCUCUAGUCAGGGCAGACGUGUUCAUCUAUACUAGGUAAGGUUAUGCAUCUAAAAGUCACUUAAUGUAGUAAAGAUCAAAGUUUCAUUUUCCAUACUGAUAGCCAGGUACUUGAGUGCUCUGCUGUUGUCUGCUCCUGGUGGAGAAGUUACUGGCUUGAGUAUUAGCUGUGUAGUAGAAGCACAGUGAGGGCUAACUUUCAUAAUGCAGGGCAUGUUACUGAAAGAAUGAAUGGUGGUGUGGUCUAAUAGUCACAAACAGGACAUCUUGUUUGCUUGUUUUUCUAUUUUUGACAUGUGUUUUUUUAAUAUUUUUUUGCAUUUAUUUUUGUAUAAACACACACCUCCAGAAGGAAAAUGACUGUUAUGUGUAGCAUGGAAACGAUGCAGGCGAGGUCUGAAAGAAGGCAUGGGAUUCUGAUGUCUAUAUACUGAGCAGUACUGAAAGCAUUUUCCUUAUGAAAUUUUGAUCAUCUGGUUCCUCUGUCCCUUUGCUCUCUCAUAUCCCUCUUUAAAAACAUGAUCUGUUCCACUUCCUUUCAUUUGUAUUUUCAAUUUUUCUAUCAAUGCUUUGACUUAACAACUCCCAUGCAAUGUUCUCUCAAGCAGUGUUCCAGACUUGCUGGCUAUGGGGGUGCAUGCAUUAAUGUAUGCCCAGCACUCUGGAGGCUGAGGGAGGAGAAUCUUGAGUUCAAGGUUAGCCUGCAUUACAUACUGAUACUCUUAUCUCAAAAAGCAGGAAAAAAUACUUAGGUACGUCCGUCAGCACUUUUGUUCUGUAACUGUAGGUCUGUAGUCUGUCUCAAUUUGAGUUAACUUGAUAUAUUCUGAAAUUUACUGGCCUAGAGAAUUUUAUCCCAGGCAUUCUAUAUGAAAAACAAUAGUUUUUUGUUUUUAAAUUGAAGAUUGUUAAUCACUGUAGUUAUAUGAUGCAUUAAUUUUUUUUAAACCAGUGGUGAGUUGCUUAUAAGAUGGCUAAUAUGUGAAUUUAAUUUAGUCCUCUUUAAGUGAGACCCUUGUCAGGCAGGAUGAAGGAAAAGCCAUGUGACUUGGCUGAUAGAAAUGUGGUAUCGGGACCAUCAGGCUUCAGAUUAAGCUGCUGAGAAGUGGAGCAAGACAAAUGAUAAAUGGCAAAUGGGUGGGGAAGGAGGGUGUGGCUGUGUUUAGGAGCCUGGAGACAUAUCUGCAGAACCUGUUACUGUUGGGCAGGUCCACACAAAGCCUAGUCCUCAGCUGCUUCUUGCUGGUAAAUUUCAGGACUGGAGUGUCAGACUGGGCCACUGGAGACCUCCGACCCCAGCAGCACUGGCUUAUCCUCAGGUGUCCUAGACUGGGGGUGCAGUCAGAAGUCAGUGACUUCCUGUAAAAUGGUUGUUUCAGAUCAUAUUGAUCUCUUUCCUUUUGUCCCUUCACCAUAUGGUAUGACUUGAAUCAGUUUUGAUUCUAUUUGUAAGUUCUCAUCAUUUGGAACCUGAUGUUUCUGUUGUGUUCUUGGCAGUGCAAGGAACCCAGCCUCCUGUGUUUUGACCCUCCUGCAGGCACUUUGGGACUUGAGGACAGCAGAUCCAUCUCCCGUCCCUUUCUGCAUGAUGGUCUAGCUAAUCUCUGAUGGCAUCCCUCCCUCAUUGAUUUUCUGUGUUUGAAGUAUGUGCAUAUGUGCUUUACAGAAUAAAACAUCUGGGUUUA